AGUCAAAAAAGCCAUAAGUAGAGAAAUCAAAUCAUACAUACAAAACUUCUCCACCACAAUUUUCUAUUUCCUCCCUCCCAAGAAAUUCACUUCCCAAAUUUCAAAUUAUUAAAAAAAUAAACAUUUUUCUCUUAGUUAUUACUUUGUCCUCACGUCAUCUCCACUUUCUCAAUUUCUAAGGUUUCUGCUUUGUUACAUAUCUGUCUCAAAUUUCAUUCACUUGGAGUAUGGAGGAACAUAAACCUAUGACCACAAUUUGUGAACAAGAUCAACACAUGGUUGCUGCAGCUCAAAACAUUUUAAAGGGACUAGCUUCAAGCAAGAGUAUCUCUAAUGAGUUGAGAAAAACACUUUUGGAUCUUGAGAUUCAAUUGUCUACAAUGUCCACAAUCAAUGAAAGAAAAGGAAAUGGUAUCAAGCUAUUAGAGAGAGAGCUUCAAUUUGUUGAAGAUAGGGUCAAAAGUUUGGAGACCAAUCAUAUUUCCAUGGCAUCUUCUUCUGAGUAUUUAAAACUUGUUGGGGAAAUUCAAACAUUAACUCAAACUUUGCAACAAAACUUUUGUUCUGUGAAUGAAAAAUGGAAGCAUAAGGAACUUGUUCAAAGAGCUAAUGAAGUUAUGCAGGUUGUUAUGUCAAAGCUUGAGGAAGAGUUAGUCCAAAUUCUUGUUCAAAAUAAGCAAUAUUUUGAGCUUGAUUACAUGCUUUUUCAUUCCAAUAGCGUGGAUAUGGUUUAUGAUGAAUCGUAUGUUUCAAUCGAGGAUGAACAAAUCAAUGAGACGUCGCGGAGUAGUGAUGAUGGAACUAUAGAUUUGGUGAAUCCUUCUGUACUUGAAGAUCUCAAAAGCAUUGCUAAAGCCAUGUUUGGUUCAAAUUACCAUAAGGAGUUUUGUCAUGUUUUCAUUGCUUCUAGAAAAUAUGCCUUAGAUGAGUACUUUGUCAUUCUAGAAAUCGAAAAACUAAGCAUUGAGAAUGUUCUAAAUAUGGAAUGGUAUAGUUUGAAUCGUCGGAUAAAGAAAUGGAUCCAGGCCAUGAAGAUCAUUGUUCAGGUGUAUCUUGUCAGCGAAAAACGAUUAUGUAAGCAAGUUCUUGGAAACUUCGGAUCGGUUUAUCAGAUUUGCUUCUCCGAAAUAUCAAGGUGUUCAAUUUUCCACCUUUUGAAUUUUGGGGAGGCCAUAGCAAUGAGAACACACACAACAGAAAAUUUGUUUUGCUUACUUGACAUGUAUGAGGUUUUAGACCAUGUUGCAAUGGAUAUAGAUAUUUUGUUCAUUGAAGAAGUAGAUUCUUUUGUAAGAGAAGAGUUUCACAAGCUUCUAAGAAACUUUGGUGAUUCUAUAAAAUCAACAUUUCUUGCAUUUAGAUAUGCUAUUGCAACAAAUCCAUCAAACAAGUGUUUUCCUCAAGGAGGUGUUCACCAUCUUACAAGAUAUGUCAUGAAUUACAUCAAGGCACUUGUUGAAUAUGGUGACAGCCUCAAUCUUCUUCUUAUAGACGAAGUUUCGACCGAUCCAACGGCUAGCAAUGACAACAGUGAAAACUCUAAUCUCUCAUAUUGUUCAUUAGCUUGCAACUUAAGGCAAAUCACUACAACUCUAGAAUCCAACUUGUGCAACAAGUCAAAGUUAUACACAAAUGAAGCUUUGCAGCAUAUUUUCAUGAUGAAUAACAUUCAUUACAUGGUGCAAAAGGUUAAGCAUUCUAACUUAUGCAAUUUCUUUGGAGAUUAUUGGCUUCGCCGACGCGUUGGCAUGUUUCAAAACUAUGCUAGAAGCUACGAGAAAGUGACUUGGAGUUCAAUACUUUCUAUGCUUAGUGAUGAAAGUGUGUCAACUUGUGGCACAAAAAGAACACUAAAGAAAAAAUGCAAAGAUUUUAGUGUUGCUUUUUGUGAAGUUUACAAAACACAGACCGGAUGGAGUGUAGUAGAUACCGAACUUCGAGAAGAUUUACAGAUAUCAGUUUCUCAGAAAGUGAUUCAUGCUUACCGCAGUUUUACCGGUAGAAACUCCUCUGACAUUGAUGAGAAAUGGAUCAAGUAUUCAGUAGAUGAUCUGCAAUGUUGUAUUUUGGAUCUUUUCCAAGGUUCAUCAAAAUCUUUGCACCAUUCUUAGCAUAGAAAGUGAAGUCUAUCAGUUACUUUUUUUUCAAAAUUUUCUAAAAGUUCUUUUUGAGAUUCAUGUCUACACUGCAGGAAUUUGUAUAUAUAUUUUGGUUGUCAUUACUCUUUAGUUAGGUCUUGGUAUGGUUAGCAUUAAGGGGCCUUUAUACUUUGUUCUUCAUUGGCAUCAUCAAAUAAAUGUACCUGUUAGUCAAUUUGGACGUUGUUGAUAUAUGUUUUUUGUUUAACACAUUCAA